GGGUGUGACACUGAAGAAUGUCAAACAAAGAAAGAGUGCCCGGCUGCCUGUCGUGGUGAGGGAAUAGAGGAUUUGUGCCGUUAGCGUUCAUUUCCCACAGUAAACACAGCAGUCAGCCAGUGUGGAAAGAACAGCCCUCACCUGCUCUAUCUGGUGGUCCUGGCAGUGAAAAGGGUGGAGGGAUGUUUGACACGCUGUAUGAGUGGUUCUGGUGGGACAGAAUCUGGCUGCCUGUGAAUCUGACGUGGGCCGACCUGGAGGACAGGGACGGCCGGGUGUAUGCCAAAUCCUCACAUCUCUACGUCACUGUCCCUUACGCCUUUGCCUUCUUACUCAUCAGAUACCUGUUCGAGAGGUGGAUAGCAACACCACUUGCAGUCUCUGUUGGGAUCAAGCAGAAAGUAAAUGUGAAAGCAGAGGAUAACCCCAUCCUGGAAGCUUACUACACUACUCAGUAUAGAAAGCCUUCACAGGCAGACAUUGACGGGCUGUCAAAGAAAAGCAGCUUGUCAGUGAGAGAAGUUGAGCGCUGGUUCAGAAGACGACGCAGUCAGGACCGUCCUGGAGUGCUGAAGAAGUUCAGAGAGGCCAGCUGGAGGUUUGUCUUCUACCUGUUUGCGUUCGUUGGAGGAAUAGUGGCAUUAUACGAUAAAGAAUGGUUUUAUGACACCCAGGAAGUAUGGACGGGUUUUCCAAAGCAGUCCAUGCUGGAAUCGCAGUACUGGUAUUAUAUCUUGGAGUUGAGCUUCUAUGGCUCUCUUCUCUUCAGCGUUGCCUUUGAUGUCAAGAGAAAGGACUUUAAGGAACAAAUCAUCCACCACUUGGCCACACUGGUCCUCUUAUCAUUUUCCUGGUGUGUCAACUACAUUCGUAUAGGAACGCUGGUCAUGCUCGUCCAUGAUGCCUCUGAUGUUUUGCUUGAGUCUGCCAAAUUAUUCAACUAUGCGAAAUGGGAGAAAACCUGCAAAACUCUCUUUGUUCUCUUUGCCAUAGUGUUUAUGGUAACACGACUGAUCAUUUUCCCAUUCUGGCUGAUCCACUGUACCUGGGUCUACCCCGUUCACCACUACCCUGCCUUCUUUGGAUACUACUUCUUUAAUGUGAUGUUGGUGGUCCUUCUCUGUCUGCACAUAUUCUGGGCCUACCUCAUUCUGUGCAUGAUCAGGAAAUUCAUUAUUGGCUCUCUGACUGGAGAUGAGAGGAGUGACAAUGAAGAGGAGGAAGACAGCAGCCCAACAGAGGACGAAUCUGAGGAGCAGCGCAAGCUUGGCAAUGGAUUGGCAGUUGAUGAGAAGGAGGAUAAGAAUGGCUGCUUUGGAUGCUUGUCUCCACCAGAGACCAUUUGCCGGUCAAAGACUGUGUACUGACUCAUACCCAGUAUGAUUUGGCAUGAGUCCAAGAUAUGCAAAAAAUGUAAAUGGUCAAUACAUUUCAUUCAAUACAGACCAGAAAAUAGCAAAACAUGUGAUUAAUUCCUUCAGAUACUGCAACACGACCUAGCCCAAAUAAGCCUUCUCACAGUUCUCACUGUACCGGGAGAGACUCUGAGAUGUGUUUGGCUCUGUUCCCCCCCACAGUGUUGGUACACCGCCCUACAGGUCAAAGAGACAAGUGAACCAACAAAUCAAGCAAAACUCAAACCCUGCUAUGUUUAUCAUCACAUUAAAAAUUCUCCUGUAUUGUUUUUGAAGUGCAGAGCUGGCGCACUGUGACACGUCCCUCCAGCCACUUCACCAAACCACUUCAUCCAUCAAGAGCUGGAGGUCUUUAUAACAAUCUUCUGCUGCUCGACACCACUUUUUAAUGAUCACAGAGAGACAAAUAGGCUUCAGUAACACCCCAAACUGUUCAGUUGGUCUCAACUUGUGGAUAUAAACCCUUUCUGCUCCCGCAACUACCACCAUUUGUGUUUGUGGUCUCACCUCCAAGUUUCCAUCAUGUCCAGUGAGUUUCAUGGGAAAGCAAGUGGGCAGGAUGUGUGUAUGAUAGUUUGCAUUGCCGUAGUGCAAAAACUAGGUGCGUGUAUGUAGGCACACUGCCAGCAGGAGGUGAUAGUCACGGGAGCACAGGACAAAUGUAAUAUGAAGAAUUACAAGUCAUCUUGCAGGAAGAGUUUGGCUGGGUGGUUUGUUCAUAAAACCCCUAAAAUGUGAAUCUCAUGAUAAGCAAGCAGUCAGUUGUCUGUGACAGUCACUAUAAAUAAGACCAAAUUGUUUUCCUGAAUCUAGCCAAGUAAUUUUGGUGCCUUUAUUUUGAAAAAGCAAGAAAACAUUGCAUGUUCGUUAUUGCUAACCUCUAAAAGAAUGAGACCAUGCUGAGCAAGGCCUGGUCUGACUCAGCUGAUGAAAACAGUUGGUAUAAACUUGCCAUGGGUGUCUUUUUCAGGCCAUGUUCUCCUCCCUAGGGUUUGGCACAUGACGAUGUCUACAGUGAAACAAUAGCUGUUUUAAUAAUGAAAAGCAAGCCGUCCUUUUUGCAGCUAGGUCUGCGGGAUUUAGACAGAGGGCAGUGAAUUGGGGGUCUGUUUUGAUCUGCCAAUUUGCUGCCUUGGAGGAUACACUUAUUUCCGCCUCCAUUGCUCACUGCCCAACUUUGUGAUUCACAUCACGUCACAUGUUUACGUCUGCUUCAGUUGUGGCCAAGUAGCGGCUUCUGGCAAAGGAGGAAUACUACACCUCCCUUUUAGAAAAACAAGGCGGCACAUUGCCACCUUUACCUUGGAGCAAAUGUACCACCUUUUCUAUCUAAAAGGGGCUAAUGCUAAUGAUGGAUGAUGACAUCAUUGUUUAUGAAUUUGAGGCAGUGUGUCCCCUCAUACUGUAUCUAUAAAAUGUUGGUCGACUAGCCAAGGAAGUUAAGACAACUGUGUAAAAACAGCAUGACUGCAAAAGAAGCACUGCUGCCGCAAAUUUAACCGAGUGUCUUGGGUUUGCCUUUGAGCUGGUUAAAUAAGAAAAUAAUAAAUGGGAUAUGGAGACGUAUGUUAGUUUACUGAGCAGUAACAUGCUUCUUUUCGGUUCCUCUCCUCAAGUAUAAAAACAACAGCAACUCUUGCUUUAUGGCAAAUCUGAUGGUACUUGCCACUUAAUUGUGCUCUCUGGUGGGCAGCCUUUUAAAUCACAAUGUUACAGUGCUCAGGGAUUAGUAGUCAACGACUGUCAGCCAUCGGCGAUGGAUGGUGGCAUUGUUCAUCAGCCUGACCCUACUCCUCCCUCUUGCAUUCUGUGUCUUAUCCCUUGACACUAGUUCCUGUAGCUACAGGAAGCAACAUCCAGGCUAGCAGUCUACAUGCUGACAUUGACAGGUUACUCUAACACUUACCUUAUUGCUAAUGGUAAGAAUGUAAAAAAGCUAACAGCUGUUAACUUUUCUUUGUGUGGAUUUAAUCAUUGUUAUCCCAGGUCUCACCUUCCCAUGUGCAAAACAAGUCCCUCCCAACAUUAUCUUAGAGGGGCAUCCUCACUGCAGCCUGGGUUUAGCCCCACCCAAAACAAUUGUUAUGGUGUGAAGGUAAUCUACCCAGAGUCAGAGACCGUUUUAUAGCCAGAACUUUCUCCACUGCUGAUUCAUGAUUCUGGGAUUUGGGGCCAUCUGCCUGUGUUGCCUGUUUGGCAAUCCAGUUUGGGGUUAACUGGUCCAAGAUGUGUUUAUACUGAGUUAGGUCAAACACUGGAGGCAGGGAGACAAUUUAGGUGAUUAUGUUUUGCCAUAUUUUCUAAUUUCUGGAGAUGCUGUUGAUUUCUAUACUAAAAUCCAAAACACACAUAACAAGUGGGGGAAAGAAACAGAAUUCUUUAUAUUUUAUGGAAAACUAAACCCUCUUUCCAGGUUUAAGUGUUGAUUUUCAGUCCAAUAAGUUAACUAUCUUGACUGAAGAAAACAAGUUUAGUUUAGUGAUAUAGUUUAGUAAAUAUCACUAUCACUUUGAGAGCUGAAGUGACUAAUCUACAGCAGUCAAUUAAAACAAAACUUG